CUAUCAUUUUUGUAUACAUCAGUUUGGAAGCAAAGAACUAUUCUUGGAAGAUGUUUCGCAAUCUGUAUGACAACGAUACGACGGUGUGGAGUCCACAGGGUCGCCUUUUUCAGGUGGAGUAUGCCAUGGAGGCGGUCAAGCAGGGAGCGGCCACCGUGGGAUUGAAGAGCAAGGACUGCGCAGUGCUCAUUGCAUUGUGCCGCGCAUCAGAAACGGAAACGAUGCAGCCCAAGAUUAUGCCCGUGGACAUGCACCUGGGCAUAUCCAUAUCCGGUCUGACGGCGGAUGCCCGUCUAAUCUGUCAGUACAUGCGCACCGAGUGCAUGUCCUUUCGCCAUUCGUACUCCGGAAGUGUGCCAGUGAACCGACUGGUGACCAAUCUCGGCAACAAGAUGCAGGCCACCACCCAGCGCUACGAUCGUCGUCCGUACGGAGUUGGCAUUUUGGUGGCUGGCUACGAUGAUGGUGGAUCGCACCUUUACCAAGUGAUCCCCUCAGCGGUGGUCCUCAGCUGCAAGGCCAUGGCGAUUGGCUCACGCUCGCAGACCGCUCGCACCUACCUGGAGCGCCACUUGGAGAGCUUCGAGAGCUGCUCGAUGGACGACUUGAUUUGCCACGGCAUUCAGGCCAUUCGCGGCUCGCUGGGUCACAGCCACGAAGAGAACGCAGCCCUCACAAUCAAUGUGGCCAUCGUGGGCGCCAAUCAGCCAUUCAAAACCUUUGGCGAGGAAGAGAAUCGCAAGUAUCUCGACAUGGCCAAGCUCAUGGGCAAUCCAGUGGAGGGAGCAGACGAGGCAACGCACAGCGAUGAUGAUCUUCUGGGCCAGGGACCAAGUGCCACGAGGGACGAGGAUGCUGCCACCGUUGCAUCCACAGAGGAAACGUAAAUUCGCUGACCUACAAAAUUUUUAUCUGUUUCGAUCAAUAUUAGUUGUUAAAAUUUGAUGAGCAAUUAUACAAGGAACCUUUUCUCGUUGAAGAUCUUCCGGCA